AUGUUUGUCAAGGCAUCUCACAAAAGCGCAAACGCAGAGUUGGAAACCAAAACGGAAAACGGAAACAGCUUACAAACUGACGACAUCAUGGAAGCCCCACCACCCACCUUCGGGAUCUUGAUGGCUGAAUCCGCCGUGGCCGAAAAGAUGGCCGAUGAUGCUACCGAGGCCAGCACCCAGCACUCCCAGACCGACUCUGUUGCGGAGGAAGAGGCCGUCGACGCGGAAGUGUCCACAGAAGAAAUGGUCUCCGAAGGGAGACCCCAUGCUGCCCAAGAGGCCACUGGCGAGGCAUCGUCUUCGGGGGCUCGCUUGGGUGGGUUGCUGCAGCAACUCGUUUCCGCCAGUGGCGGAGGACCAAUGUACCAAACCACCAUAGCCGGUCUCAGUGAGCUCGGCCUCAAAUAUGAAGUCCAAGAACCAGGCCGAAUCAUUGUGUUUACAAUGAACUGCAAGGUCGGAUCGAGCCGAGUCAUCGUUGCGACCGAGGAAGCGGACAAGAAAUUCCUCUUUUUCAUCAAGACACCCGCCACCGUCCCUGAAGAGAAGCGCACCCAAGCGGCUCUCUUUUUGACUUGGGUCAAUUACGGGCUAUCAAUCGGAAACUUUGAAAUGGACCUGAACGAUGGGGAAGUCCGCUUCAAGAGUUCCAACCACUUGUUGGGAGCUGAGCUCUCCACGGAAAUGGUUGUGCGCACGGUGGCUCUCUGUGUCAGGAUGAUUGACCAGUUCUUCCCUGGACUCAUGGGUGUGGUUUACGGCGACAAGGAUCCCAAGGACGCCCAUGAUGAAUGCAUGAGCGGUGGGCGAAUCGCCCAGGCGCAGUAG